AUGUCUUGGUUCAUACUUUGCGUUCUCCCGCUGCUCCUGCUGGACGCUCUUUUCACGCGGACCUUGUGGCGGCUCCCGCUGGCUCUCGCUCGCCUCUUCAGGGAGGCGCCGUCGGGCCGGGACGGCGAGCCGCGCUUGAACCCCGACCGCCCGCUCGCCGGGCUGCUCCGGUACGUCAGACCCGACUACCUCAUUCUGUCCGCGGGCUUCGGCUUCAUCGUCCUCAGCGUGACUUGCGACGCGUCGAUGCCGCCGCUGCAGGGCGCGGCGACGGACCUGCUCCGACGCGGAAGGACGGACUCGGAUUUCCGCUCGACGAUGGGAUGGCUGGCGGCCGUCUCCGCGGGCAGCUGCGUUUUCUCGGGGCUGAGGUCGGCGUGUGCAAAGAUCUCGCACGCUCGCCUGAACAAGCGUCUGAAGGUGGCGCUGUUUCGCUCGUUCCUGGCGCAGGAAGUCCAUUUUUUCCAUGAGAACGAUUCGGGGAGUCUUUCGUCUCGCCUGCACGCCGACGUGGACCGGAUGGGCCUGACGGUGGCGCUCAACGCCAACGCGGUGACGCGCAGCUCGCUCAAAGCCGUCCUGAUGCUGGCGGCCAUGUGGCGCCUUUCGUGUCCGUUGGCGGCGCUGGCGUGCGUGGAAAUUCCCCUGAUGGCCGCGCUGCAGAGACGGCAAGUCGGCUACGAGAAGGAAUGCAAGGAGCAGACGCAAGACGCCAUGGCGCGCCUCCAGAAGCUCUGUCAUCAGUCGCUGGGCGGAAUACGCAUCGUCCGGAGCUUCGGCGGCCAACGGGACGAAGUCCAAAGAUUCCGAGGAGAACUGGAACGUCUCAGAGACAUCGGGACGCGUGCGGCGCGACGCAAAGCCGUCCUGGUCAUCCUGCGGAAGUUGGGCGGCUUGUGCGCAAAAACGGCGACGCUUCUGGCGGCGCGGCGGCUGGUGGCCGACGGGCGGCUGAGCGUCGGGACGCUCUUGACUUUCCUCCUGUUCCGGAAGCCCGUCUCGCAUUGUCUCAAGGAGAUCUUUGUGUGCUGCGGAGACACGCUGGCCACCGUGGGCGUCGUCUCCAAAGUAUUUAGCUACCUGGACCGCUCUCCCCGACGCCGCCCCGAAGGCGACCUGGCUCCCGACGAGCUGCGGGGGAGCGUGGAGUUCCGGAACGUCACUUUCGCGUACCCGUCCGCGGGGGGGGACAAACCGGCGCUGAAGGAUGUCUCCUUGGUACUGGAAGCGGGCAAGGUGACCGCCCUGGUGGGACCGUCGGGCAGCGGCAAGACUUCCUGCGUGGCGCUCCUCAAAAGACUCUACGAACAUCAGCGAGGGGACAUCCUGUUGGACGGCCGGCCGCUGCACUCCUACCAAAACGCGUACCUGCAACGCCAGGUGGUAUCGGUUUCCCAGAAUCCCGUUCUGCUUCGCGGUUCUUUGCGCUACAACGUGGAGUACGGCCCGGAGGCUCUCGACUUCCGGCGAGUCCGAGAGGUCGCCCUGAGGAUCGAAGCCUACGACCUGCUGGCCAAGCUGGAGGCGGACUACGACGCAGACACGGAGCGGGGCGCGGCCAGCGUUUGCCUGUCGGAGGGCGAGAAGCAGAGCCUGGCGCUGGUUCGGGCGCUGGCGCGCCGACCGCGCGUCCUCCUCCUGGACGAGGCCACCAGCCAGAUGGACGUCCACGCCCAACACGCCGUACUGGAGGAGGUCGCCGGCCGCGGAGGCACGGUCCUGCUGGUGGCGCACCGUCCGGGAGGCGCCGAACGGGCGCACAGAGUCAUCUUCUUGGAGGACGGCGUCGUGACGGAGGAGGGUACGCACGAGGAGCUCAUGGCCAGGCGGGGGCGUUACCACGCACUUAGGGAGACACUCCAGCAUCAGUCAUCUUGA